UUGUUUCUGUACUAGACACAAAUCUGGCUGUCUGAGAAUGACUGAUCGAAUCUUCUAUAUUAACUCUAACUUGUCCUCUAUCCCCUGUGAAGGCUGUUAUUCAGCACCCGUGCCUCCCACGGCUCCUCCUUCCCCCGGAUACUACCAUGUCCUCUACAAAGAGCAUACACAAGCCCAGAUGGCCUGGCACGGAGAGACAUACUGCCUGAUUGGAGGCUACCGUGUCUACGGGGAUGCUCCGCUGGCCACCCCUGCAAAGGCUGAGGAAGAGAAGCCAGCACCCAGGCGGGCUCUCAAGAGACAGAGAGUUCAGGAAGAGUCAGACCAAGAUCUAGGGUGUCCUAGUGCCAAAAUUCCUCGCCUGAAAAUGAAUCAUGGUGGCAAAGGGGUAUCCCCAUAGAAGCAUGCUGCUGAGCUUCUCUGCCCAGAAGACAGGCCGGUAGCUGCCUCCGAGGGCUGAGCCCUCUUCAGCGAUGACCUCCACUGACCACCGAUGUAGACAGGACCUUAGCUGUUCUUUCUGCCCGUGCCCUCUCCUGUCAGGAACCCAUUUGCGUGCCAACUACCCAUGAGCAAGAAGCCUCCGAGAGGUGCAGAUGCUCUGAACAGCCCACCCUCCCUCAGUCUUCUAGAGUCUCUUCUUGGGCAGGAAAAAGGAACAGUCUGCUGUGAGUUGAGGGGACAAGUGCAGAGAGAGGAUACACAGGGCCCAAGCUGGGCUCUCUCUAGGAGUAGACCUCUGCUCUGAAUCCUGCCAGCAGCCAGCAGCACAAGCCAGGAGCGGCUGCACUUCCUAAAACUAGAAGAAAAAGCAGUGGCUGACCAAGGAGGCUGGCUCCUGCCCAAGGUCUCAGGAGGCAGCUGAAGAGCCCUGGGGAGACCUGCUAGCUGGAGUGAGAACACUGUGGACGAAGUCCAGCAAACCCCUCUUCUCCUCCUACAGAGGCAGACACUUUUCUUUAUUUCCAGAUCAUUAUGGCACUAGGAAGUUCCCUCCUGUUCAAUAGAGUGAUUUUCUGUGAUAGCGAUUGACUUAAAGUCCAAGACCAAGCCUCAAGCCUUCCUGCUCCCCUAAAGUAAAAUCCUUCACAGAGAAACUGGUUUCUAAAGUCCUGUGCCUACAAGGAUACCUAGGUGCACCUUCUUUCUGACUCCUACUCUUGAGAACGAGAGAUUUAACCACCAAUACCAAAUCAGCAAAAGUUUUAAAUGAAGGCCUGAAAAUACAGGGUUUUUUGUUUUUUUAAUUUAUCCAUAGGCAAU